ACUCUGAAGGUGAACUAGACCAAACAGACAGGAGUAUAAAGCUCCUGCUGGUGUCCAGUUUGCAGCUUGAGGAUCUGACAUGGCUUUCCUGAUACACACCUUCGCUUUGGCUCUUCUGAGCGUCCUGGCUUUGAGCUCCGAAGUUAAUCCGAGAUGUGAGGAACUCAUAAAGCCACUGGACAUGGAGGGAAACUACAGUUCAAUCAUGGGGAAGUGGUUCCUCGUUGAAGGAACUUCUGAAGGUAUUGUGGGAAUGAUCAUACAGACGAUGGAGACAUUAUGGAUGGAGCUCUCACCAGGGUCGAACAACAAAACCAUCCACAUGAAGGGAGCCUACAGAUUAGACCACUCUUGCAGAUUUGAAAGCAUGGAUCUCCCUUAUAAUGGCACUUUGCAUCAGACAGGCAUUGAUCAAAAAGUCCACUACUAUUUAUUGCCAUCCUGCCCCACCUGUCUGAUUGCAUAUUAUGCCGACUAUUACCAAGACACCACCAGCAGAGUGUUAUUGCUGUUUUCUAGGGAACGAGGAGCUCCAGAAGCGACAAGGGAUUUGUACCGAAAACAAGCUGGAUGUCUGAAAUUUCCUCCAUUAAUAACCACCUACAAUGUUGAUUCAGAACUGUGCCCGCUUGAAAAUGAGGCUGAAGCUAAAGAAAACUGAAAAAAGUUCAACACUACCUCGACGAAUCCUAAUAACAACGCCAAUAAAAAGCAUUUAGAUCUGUGAAACCUGAUUAAAGUGUUUUAGAAAUAAA